AAAAGAGGCGGACAAGUCGCAGGUCUAAGAGGAUAAACUGAGCAUGGAGGUCAGGUACAGCCAGGACCCGGAGGGCAUGGUGCUGAAGAACGGGCUGAAGGAGGGCAAGGAGGGGAAGGAGUCCCCGGCCGGCCUGGCCAAGAGCUUCCUGAAGGAGCAGCAGGACUCCUUCCCCCCCGCCGGGACGGGGGACGGCUGCGACAAGGGCCGGGGCGGCGCCGGGGACCCGGACUACUGCCGCAGGAUCCUGGUCCGAGACGCUAAAGGCUCGAUCCGGGAGAUCAUCCUGCCUAAAGGUCUGGACCUGGACCGGCCCAAGCGGACCCGGACCUCCUUCACGGCGGAGCAGCUGUACCGGCUGGAGAUGGAGUUCCAGAGGUGUCAGUACGUGGUCGGGAGGGAGCGCACCGAGCUGGCCCGGCAGCUCAACCUGUCCGAAACUCAGGUGAAGGUGUGGUUCCAGAACCGGCGCACCAAGCAGAAGAAGGACCAGGGGAAGGACUCGGAGCUGCGCUCGGUGGUGUCGGAGACGGCGGCGACCUGCAGCGUGCUGCGGCUGCUGGAGCAGGGCCGCCUGCUGACGCCGCCGGGCCUGCCGGGCCUGCUGCCGCACUGCGGCUCCGCCCUGCGCCCGCCCUCUGUGGCCGUGGCCGGCGGCGGCGGCGGCGGCGGGGGCGGCGGGGGCGGCGGCGCCCCGGCGGGCGGCAGUCCCCCGCUGCCCGCCGUCACCGGCUCGGGGACGGCGGCCGGCCUGCAGAGCUCGCCGGCGGCACACGGCCUCUUCAGCUUCCCCAUGCCGUCGCUGCUGAGCGGCGUGGCGUCGCGCAUCUCCUCGGCGCCGCUGUCCAUGGCCGGCUCGCUGGCCGGGAACCUGCAGGAACUGUCGGCGCGCUACCUGAGCUCGUCCGCCUUCGAGCCUUACUCGCGGACCAAUGGCAAAGAGGCGCUGGACAAGAAAAUUCUGGAAUGAU